UCUUGACUGGCCGAGUACACUGUCAUAUGUCAAAACUUCAUUUACCGGAAACGUGUCGGCCAUCAUUCUUUUGCAUUUUCGGUUAAGCAUGCCGUUCCAAAGGUUCGUUGAAUCCGGCCGCGUGGCCGUCGUGUCCGAUGGUCCUAAACGUGGAAAACUUGUUAGCAUUGUUGAUGUUAUUGACCAAACUAGAGUUUUAGUUGAUGGACCCACACAAAACGUGCCCAGAACUCAAUUAAGGUUAAACCAAUUACAUUUGACCAAGUUCAGACUUAAAAUCCCACACUCUGCAGGCACACGUGUUGUACGUAAAGCGUGGAAUGACAACAAAAUCGAUGAGAAAUGGCAAGAGUCUGUCUGGGCCAAAAAAAUAGCCGCCAAGGAAAAGCGUGCACAACUUUCAGAUUUCGAUCGCUUCAAGUUGCGUAGGGCUCGUUCUCGUAGGAACAAGAUUCGUACUGCUGCCUUCCUUAACUUGAGAAAAGCCUCAUCCAGAGAUGGUACUUUGUAUGGCAAAAAGAAAAUGGCCAAAGGGGGCGACAAACCAAAACCCACAAAGAAAUCCAAACCAACCAAACCACAAAAAACAGCCCCCAAGAAAAAGUAAAUAUUUUAUAAAAUAAGAUAAAAUAAAAAUUUUUAAAAACA